GCCCUGUCUGUUCAGUUUGCACCCUGCACAGACAGACAUGUUCGGCGAACUUGUGGGUAUUAUCUUUGUCACGCUCACCAUCGCUUCUGGUCAGCAUUCUUCUGCAGAUCGCGUUGACGCCCCGAGGGAUGCUCCGAUUUUGCACCGAUACAAACGCUUUUUUCCCUUAUUUAGCGUAAUUCGCUUUCCCAAUUCUCAAUGCACGGCAAGUAAUAGUUUUAAUGGGACUUGCUAUACGAGACGCGAAUGUUUUGCUCAAGGAGGAACUGCAUUGGGUAGCUGCGCCAACGGCUUUGGAGUUUGCUGUGUAUUUCAAAAGUCAUGUGGAGCCACAACUAGCGCAAAUAAUACGUACUUCAUAAAUCCUUCGUAUCCAACAACUUUCGACGGGGGCGAUCGAUGUAUGCUAAUGGUGCAAAAAUAUAGUGCUAACGUAUGCCAGUUGCGACUAGACUUUUUGGAUUUCAGCUUAGCUCAACCCACAUCGGAGGGUAUUUGCGACUAUGAUUUACUGUCAGUUUCCGGCGGUUCGUCUCGCGUACCACGAAUUUGUGGGGAAAAUAGUGAUCAACAUGUUUACGUGGAUUACGACGGAUUGAAUCCAAUCGCAAUAUCUAUUGACGCUAGCUCAGAGUAUUCGUUUAAAAGGCGUUGGAACAUAAGAGUGCAGCAAAUUGCUUGUGAUUCAGCGACCAAAGCGCCGAGCGGUUGCCUUCAAUACUAUACGGCAACAUCUGGUAUUGUGAUGAGCUUCAAUUAUGGAACUAUAAAUAAUGCACGCCCAAGUAUGAACGCAACGAUACCAAUAGGUACUAGAGAAAUGGCAGACUUAAAUUACGGUGCUUGCGUUAGAUUAGCAUCUGGCUAUUGUAGUCUAAAAUGGUCAUUAAUAGAAGAGAAUUCGUUUUCAAUAUCUGGUAAUGGGACUUCGGGAACGGCUACUUUUGGAAGUAAUUGCAUAACAGAUUAUAUUAUCAUUCCUAAUGCAGCUGAAGUAAAUACAAGCAUUUCAACACUAACAGCAGAUAGAUUUUGUGGAUCAGCUUUUACUCCAAAAAUCACCACGUUGAAACCUUACGUAUUAUAUGUCAUAACUGAUUCUAAUGAAACAAACAGUACAACACCUGAUACUGAGAACAAAGGUUUUGCUUUAAUGUACAGACAAAUGAUUUGUUCUAUUUAGAAUAAAAGAAUUUUUUUACAAAAAAAUAUUUAUUUUUUCAACAAAUAUUUAUUAUAAAGCAAUCAAAUAAAUAAAAAGUAAUGUACAAAUCUCAACUUCAUUGUUC